UGCUUCAGAGUAUCUCUCCAGUCUAAACUCUGUCUGCAAUCGAUUAUUUUGGUCUUUUAAUCACGUGACUGUAUUUUUUUCCGACUCACUUCCGCAAAUAAGCGUCAGAGCAGCUGAGUGAGGCAGCAGCAGAAAGUGAAAACACACAGACGUCCCGCCACCGAGCGACCCGUGUGGCUCGGUGACACAGUCAGCCAGAACCGUUAACGACACCAGAAACGGACCUAACUGACAGCGACGGCAGCACUGGCAACUUUGCCUAUCCACACCCUACCCCCGCCCGUCCCCUGCCCUGCCUUUGGAUUAAGGUUCAUCCCUCCAACGCGCCGCCCCCACCACAGACUCACAGCAAGUGCAUCAUGGUGGAUGUAACCAAAUGGCCCCUUUUCAGCCUGAUGGGGCCCCACGAGCUCUCCACGAUACGGAAAGCAUGUGUGUUUGGAGCAUCUGCUAAUGAGGCGAUCUACAUCAACAAUGAUGAUGAGGUGUAUGUAUUUGGGUUGAACUGCAGUAACUGCCUGGGAACAGGAGACAGCCAGAGCACUAUUGUACCCAAGAAGCUAGACUUCCUGAGUGGGAGGAAGGUGGUCAGCCUGAGCUACGGCAGCGGACCCCACAUCCUGCUGGCCACAGAGGAUGGAGAGCUAUUUGCCUGGGGCCAUAAUGGUUACAGCCAACUUGGAAAUGGGACAACCAACCAAGGAGUUGCUCCAGUGCUCAUGUCCGCCAACCUGCUCAACAAGAAGGUCACAGAGGUGGCAUGUGGCUCUCACCACUCAAUGGCUCUGACUGACUCAGGAGAAGUGUAUGCGUGGGGCUACAACAACUGUGGUCAGGUGGGUUCAGGCUCCACAUCGAACCAGCCCACACCGCGCAGAGUGUCAAGCUGCCUGCAGAACAAAGUGGCUGUCAGUAUCGUCUGUGGUCAGACUUCGUCUCUGGCAGUAGUGGACAAUGGAGAGGUGUACAGCUGGGGCUACAAUGGGAAUGGACAACUGGGACUUGGAAAUAAUGGGAACCAGCUCACUCCUUGUCGCCUUGUAGCUCUGCAGGGUUUAUGUGUGCAACAGGUAUGAGAUUACACACUCACAGAAACAUAGACUUGGAUGAACCU